GUAUGGCAGAUGUUUUGAUAAGAUUUUGACAGUAAUUGAACCACUAGUUUUAAAUAAAAUGAGCAGACGAUAGGAAAUAUAAUAGUGAACGAUAAUAUGGAACAAUAUGAAAUGUAAGAUGCUUGCAUUUUUUAAAUACAUAUGAACAACAUCACGAUGGCGUCAUCAUCAACGAACGGUAGAUACACCUAUGAGAACACUGGCUCCAUAAGAGACGUCUUGUCCGGAAGACGAUUCUCACUUCCGGCCGUCGUCAGGGUAACCCCGUCGGACUAUGAGAUCACGAACAGCGACGACUUUCCAGGAGAUGCGGAAUUGUUAAUCGACAAACUGGAUCAAGUAAAAUACGCUAGAAUUAAAGUGAUACCUUUUACCAAAGAAGAGCGAGUGGUAGCCUUCAAAGGUUCAGAGUUUGUACGUCGACGUAGCGAGCUUGUUGGCAGGGAGUUCUUUCUACCGGCCGAAUAUCACGGACAUGUGAGAUGUAUACCCCGACCCGGUUAUAGAAAGUCUUUCACAGCAAUUAGCCAGGUACUACAAGACAUGCCAAGGUAUGUGAAGGUAUGCGUCGAUACGCAGUCGUGCCUAACUUCCGGUGAACUAGACUUAGGACCGAAGGUUUGCAGUGGAACAGUUUUGUUACUUCGCAAAAUCUAUACAGUAAAAGACAGCAUCUUCAGAUAUUUAAUAUGUUCCGUUGGUGAACAACAUUUUCAUUUUCGGGAAGACCAACAAGUCAAAAUGGAAACCCUAGGCGAUGGACAAUUACACCAUUGGUCAGAACUCGAAAAUCUUGCCAUGUUACCCGUAUGUGUUCAGUUCGAAUACACGAAUCCGAAUGAAAUCGUUUGCAAUGAUGACGAGGCGGCAGAAACUCUGCUUACCAUUCUGACGGGACCGAUUGAGGUGACACAGUUUGUGACCUCUGAUAUGUUGCUGGGAUGGAUAUCUAACGGCGAAAAUAAACCGUGCACAAAGGUUGUGUUAUUGCGUAAAACGGCACGUGAUGUCACGAUGUGGCCCAAGGCCAAUAUGAACGACGGCGAAGGACUGGACUAUAUUCAUAAACACUUCGGCCAAUAUUCUGAUACUCAGUGGCUUCGGAGCAGCAUGUAUGCGUUGAAAGCUGAUGUAGCAUACAAGGAGAGAUUCGUUUGGUUGAAAAGAUCUUUGUCAAGCGGCCCCAUAGUUGCUAGUCCGAUGCAAAGCAGUUCAGAAACACCGACCAACGCAGGAAAACGAAUAAAAUCAAAACCAGUGGCAUUAAUUCGACCGUCGUUUCGACCUACGAGUGCACCAAAACCAAGACAUGUGUGUAGCGGAGAUCGACCAUCUUCUACAGAAUAUGUACAGGGCGGCAUUGCAAACAACGAAGCAAAUGAAGGAGACCCACCAUUGUCACCAAAACAAGCCGAUGAUUCUGAACAUGACGAGAAAGGCACUAAGUGGAUGGAAUGGAAAAAGAAGAUUAAGGGCAUUCACGCCGAAUUAAUGUCGUUUGUACAAAAAAGAUCCUCGUCGAAAGACGACUUCUAUCUCACAUGCAUAUUCGAUGAAACGGAAAACGAAAGAGAUGGAGAUAUUUCUACAAAACUAAGCGUUUCGGAACCGUUUGAAGCAUUAAAUGAUCCACUCGGCAAUGCAUCUGAAUUAAACCCGCGAGGACUUAACGUUCCCGACCGAGUCUUGGACUCUAAUGCACGCAUUUUGAAAGUUGAAAAAGCUGCAGACAUUCUUCAGUUACAAGGAAAUGAGGCUUAUAUAGUUGUGAGUGAAAACGGGAACUCAGAACCAACAGAAACGCAUUUGGAACCGACCCCUUGCGCACAUGUAAAAACUGACAACAACGUUUUCGCAAGUGCGUUGCCAGUGUUUACGCCAACUUCGCAGAAAGCAAACACAGAACAAAAGUAUGUACUAUCCGAAGAACACAAUCUGCCCUCUCGUAUGGACUGGGAAGCGAACACAGGCGACUGUGUAAAUACAGGCGACUAUGUAAAUAUAAAGGGAAUGACAGACGCCUCAUGUAAUAUGAACAAUCCCAUCGCACCGCACCACAAGGAUACCACCAGAAAUCAGCAUUUCUGUGACACUAGAGAUAUAACAGGAAUAGAAGACCUCUUGAGUGUCCAAACACAAUCACUGAAACCACCUGUUAAGGAUUUAAAGAUACGUGAGCAUGAAUGUGAUUACACAAAUAUUCAAAAAAUGGAACAGCACACAUAUCUUCGAAUACAAAAUUUUAAACCAUCUAUGUUUCAAAGACACACACAUCAAAGUGAUCAAACACGUGUUAUGUCAAGAUCUCCAUGUCACAACCAAACGCGCAUAGAUUCGUUACUUACAGACAACCAAUCAGUGCAAUCUCAUGAAGGAACUAGAUCUCGCUUAAAAAUACCAGCCAUUCCACUUAAAAAGCAAGAUUUCCGAAAAUGAAAAGUUGGUGGUUAUCAUAACUAAGCGAUGAGCGCUUUGUUUUAAUCCAUUUAUGACUAGCAUCUAGAAAAAAAGGUCUUGGCAAACAGCGUAGACCCAGAUGAGACGCCGCAUAAUGCGGGGUCUCAUCAGGGUCUGCGCUGUUUGCUUAUAAGGAAUUUCCGUAAGAAAUAUUCUAAAUAGAGAAAAAAGUAUACUAUACAUCCCUAAUUUAGGAAAUAAAUUGAUACAAUUUAGAAGGAUGGGAGAGUCCACUAGGAAUAAAUGGGUUAAACAACUCUGAAACAAGUCGAGUUAAUCAACAAACCUAAACAAACAUCCUAUCGAACCGACUCCAAGCUGUAUACGCAACAAACGAACAGCUGCUGUUUGACUAGUGGACUCCAGAAUAAGGGAUAUUAUGAGCCUUGUUUUGAGAAAACUGGGCUUAAUGCAUGUGCGUAAAGUGUCGUCCCAGAUUAGCCUGUGCAGUCCGAACAGGCUAAUCAUGGACGACACUUUACGCACAUGCAUUAUGCCUAGUUUUCUCAGAACACGACACUUAUCAUUUCGCCGGAAUCUCAACAAAUUAAAAAAGAACGAAACGGCAGAAAUUUGUCAAUACUUAAGUGACGAAAGUGCAUGACUUCCUACAUACAAUUUCGACAAUGUUCAUUGUUUGAUACAUAGAUGUAUAUGUUUUGAUUCUUUUGUGAAAUUUAAAAUAUCCAUUCUUAAAGGCAAAAACAACGUUCACGAAAUUGUGUGCAUAAUUUAGAAAUAUGUAUUGUGCUAUGUUUUUGAAUUUAUUUGUGUUACAUAUAUUCUUAAAAUCUGUAAAGUUUAAAUAAUUUAGAAGUGUACAUUUAAGCAAAUACCAUAACAAUACUUGGCCUUAAAUACUCAGUUUCGAGCAGGAAACCAGGUGUAUACCAUAAUAAAUGUUGAUGCUUUCUAGAAACUAUUCGUUUAUAUUUUGUAUAUACGUACACAUUAAAACUUGUAAUGAAAACAUAAGCAUCAAUAUGUAAAUAGUUUUUCCUAAUGUAUAUAUUAUAUGUUAAUGUUAGAAAAUUAAAUGUUAAAAUCAAAUGUAGCGAUUAAUGUGGAUGCAUGAGUAAUACAUUUUUAAAAAGAUUUACAUGUACAAUAUAUCUGCAUAAACUGUCUCUUUCAUGCAAGGUAUCAUGUAAAUCGCAUAUUUUCAUUUUUAGUAGAAAAGUCUGUUUGAUUGAAAAUAAUAAUAUAAGUAUAGUCAUCAUUUUAUUGGCAAAGCACUUAACGUUUUUAUUAACUGAAAAUGUUAUGUCUUUACAUCAAACUAAAGCAAAAAUAAUUGACAAAUCAAUCAAUUCUUUAGCGACAGACCAAUUCUACGAAAGCUCCAGAGCAACCAUGAUUUGCUCAAAUCUGUACCAUCAAUCUGUUAAGUUAUCCUUUUGAUGGCAAAACACGUAACGUUUUGUAUUUAUGUUAUGAUAUAAAUCAUCAAAUAAAUUUUCUUAUAGACUAAUAAACACCAAAA